AUGGCUGAUGAAGUGAAGCUUUACAGGACAUGGUCAAGUCGAUUUAGUUUAAGAAUCAUUUGGGCACUACAUAUCAAAGGGAUUGAAUACGAAGCCAUCUUUGAAGAUUUAAGCCAUAAGAGCCCUCAACUCCUCAAGUAUAAUCAUGUUCAUAAAAAGUUUCCUGUACUUGUACACAAUGACAAACCAAUCUGUGAAUCACUGGUGAUCCUCGAGUAUAUCGACGAGACAUGGAAGGAAACAUCUCAUUUGCUACCUCAGGAUCCUUAUGAGAAAGCCAUGGCACGUUUUUGGGCAAAAUUUGUUGACGACAAGGUUAUGGAAAUAGCAAUAAACUGA